GAGUCGGCGAGGGACAGGUGCACAUUGUCAAGGUGCCAAUUUGGCCUCUCUUCAGACGGCAACGUCUAAUCAAUGGGAGCCAAGGGCGAGUCGCGGCGGUGAAUGUCGUCCUCGAAACGCGCAUCUGAAAUCUAGACAUAUAGCUUUCUUUCUGACUCGCGCGCCCUCCUUCCAACAAUAUCUCUUCCCCUCGAACUUUGCGCCCCUCUACGACCCAUUUACCUAACCACGUAGUACCCACGACGUACCAUAAUCUUUCGCCAAAAUGGGUGGCGGACAACCUAAUGGACACUCCCGGCCGCUUACUGACAUCACAAAUGGCCGCCAGACCAAGUUCUUCGAAGACUAUGGUGUCUGGAACGAGGCUCCGGUCUUGACAGGCACUACCAAAUUUGAGCCACUUUCAGAUGUCAAGAAUAUCAUGAUCACUGGUGGAGCCGGAUUUAUCGCAUGUUGGCUGGUACGUCAUCUGACCUUGACUUACCCCCACGCCUACAACAUCGUGUCGUUCGACAAGCUGGACUAUUGCGCAUCAUUGAACAACACUCGCAUGCUCAAUGAUAAGCGGAAUUUCACAUUCUACCAUGGCGACAUCACCAAUCCCUCCGAGGUACUUGAUUGCAUGGAGCGAUACAACAUCGAUACCAUCUUCCAUUUCGCCGCUCAGUCUCACGUGGACCUUAGCUUUGGCAACUCGUAUGGUUUCACGCAUACCAACGUGUACGGGACCCACGUCAUGCUGGAAAGCGCUAAGAAGGUCGGAAUCAACCGGUUUAUCCACAUCUCCACUGACGAGGUGUAUGGUGAAGUCAAGGAUGACGACGAUGACCUCCUGGAAACUAGCAUCCUGGCUCCUACCAACCCAUAUGCGGCUAGCAAAGCUGCCGCCGAAAUGCUGGUCAAUUCCUACAUGAAGAGCUUCAAGCUUCCCGUCAUAAUCGUGCGAAGUAACAACGUCUACGGCCCACAUCAGUUCCCUGAAAAGAUCAUUCCCAAAUUCACCUGCCUUCUGAAUCGCAAGAGGCCAACGGUUCUGCAUGGUGACGGCAGUCCGACCCGCAGAUACCUUUUCGCCGGAGAUGCGGCAGAUGCCUUCGACACCAUCUUGCACAAGGGCUCCUUGGGACAGGUUUACAACGUCGGUUCGUACGAUGAAAUCUCCAACAUCAAGCUAUGCAGCAUGUUGCUUGUAGAAAUGGGCUUCCCCAACGAGACCAAGGCCGACUUCGACACGUGGGUGAAAUACACCCAUGACAGGCCUUUCAACGACCACCGCUACGCCGUUGAUGGGACCAAAUUGCGGCAGCUGGGCUGGGACCAGAAGACCUCCUUUGCUGAAGGUCUCAAGAUCACCGUCGAUUGGUACAGGCGGUUCGGGGAGGAGUGGUGGGGCGAUAUUAGCAAGGUCCUCAGCCCGUUCCCGAUCGUGAUCGAGAAGGAGGUUUUAUCAGAUAAGGAAGAAAUCACCGACACGCCUCAGGCAUCGAAGAAGAGGAAGAUUGACGAGAACACUGCCCCGGCGUCGGUGAUCGCUUGAAGGGCGAGGUUUGAGCGUGGCUCAUCCUUGUUGUAUUAGUAGUCUGCAUCUGUCCGGACUGGGAGGGACGUUCUAGGGGAAGCUCUGAAAACUUAUGGAGUGAGAUAUGUAACGGUUUAUUGGCAUUUUUGGUUUGAUAUACCAGAUAGUGAUGUCCCUCAGUCGUUCGGAUUGAUCGAUUGAUGGCUACGCAAGUAGAGAAAGUUCCAACCGCUUCACUCUAUAAUUUACGAUUGG